AUGGCAUACGCUGCCUACGAUACUGGUACCUACCCUCAAUUGCGGCGCUCAUUAUCUUAUGGACAGCAAUACGCCGGCUAUCCUCAUAGUGACUAUAUGUAUGACCAACCCGUUGCUGCUGGAGUGUACGGAGAUACUUACCCUCAAGUCCAGGGUUCCUAUCCUGCUUAUGCGCCUUCGCGCACUGUCAGCCAGUAUCACCCAUAUGAUGACAUGGCGAUCAGAGACUCCUAUUAUCCAGAAUAUGCCACCUCUGGCUACGGUACCCCGUAUGCGCCUAGUCUGGCCCGGCGUCGUUCUUCGCGACGGUCGCGUGUUGGGUUCGAAGGACAUCGCCGAAACAGCUCAAUGAUCAAGUUCAAGAGAAAAGGUGGUUUCCGCUCCGGAAUCAUGCUCGGAGAGGCAAUGGCCAACGUGCAACUUUCUUCCAACGAUUACUAUACUUCGUAUGAUUUGGGUGCAGACCAUAGGGGCAAGAUUUCGCUGAGGAUCCGGUGGACGGGAUACACGUCCAUGACAUAUGAUCUACCCGUGGACAGCUAUGAUGGGCGUGUGGAACUGCAGACACUCGCGCGAAGAGUGGCUCGUGCCUGCAUGCAUUUCAUUCAGGCGAGUGCUUUCACACAGUCUACAGUCACAUUGCUCAUUCUUUGUGGCCAGACUAAUAUGAUCCCUGUUGCGUGGGAUCGCAUCAUGUUGUUCCAACUCGAGGAAACGGGUACAGGAUUGUGGCAGCCUGUUCUGUCCAGCGGUUGA